AUGGAAACCAACUGUGUUGUUCCUUACUGGAAUAACCAAGUCACAAGAAAAUCAUGGUUACCAAGUGUGAAUGAUUCACUUUCAUUAAGUCACUCAAAUAAAGGAUCUUGGUUUUUGCAUACUUUAAUACCAAAAUCCAAUAUGAAUCAUCUUGAAAUUAAAUGUACACAACUAAAUACAAAUGUUAAUAAUAAUAAUAGCGGUUGUGAAACAAAUAAGGGCAAAAGAAAAAAGAAGGUUCAGUCAACACAAUGGGCAAAGCAGCAAAAAAAGGAAUCAACACUCCAAGACCUAGGAGUUAACUCGGCAAACAUAGGGUUCAAUUGGUUGACUAUGGAGUCAGACCGUUUUAUAUGUGUGCGUGAAACAGCUGGAGGAUCAAAUCAGGUCGUCAUAAUCGAUCUUAAUGAUCUUCAAAACGUAAUGAAGCGACCAAUUUCUGCUGAUUCCGCAAUAAUGCAUCCAACAAGCAAAAUUCUUGCACUAAAAGCUCAGAGGCAGCUUCAAAUUUUCAAUCUUGAACUGAAAUCAAAAGUCAAGUCUCACAAUAUGCAUGAGGAUGUUGUUUUUUGGAAAUGGAUAAACGUCAAAACCCUUGGCCUUGUAACAGGAACUGCUGUUUAUCAUUGGUCUAUGGAUGGCGAAUCCACGCCAACUAAGGUAUUUGAUAGGCAUGCGAGCUUGCAGAAUGCCCAAGUGAUUAAUUAUCGUGUGAAUUCGGAUGAAAAAUGGAUGGUGCUUGUUGGUAUAUCAGCUGUGGAGGGAAGGGUUGCCGGUCACAUGCAAUUGUUUUCUAAAGAACGUCAAGUCAGUCAGCCUAUUGAGGGUCAUGCUGCUGCAUUCUCCACUCUAACAUUAGAAAAUGGUGUUUCCCCUACGAGGUUGUUUACAUUCGCUGUACGAAAUCCAGCUGGCGCAAAAUUACACAUAGUUGAAAUUGAUCAUAAAGAUGAAAAUCCGCAAUUUCCUAAAAGAACGGUUGAUGUCUUUUUCCCUGCGGAAGCUAAUACUGAUUUUCCUGUUGCUAUGCAAACUGGUACAUGUAUCUAUAUGAACAGAAUAAGUGGUGAAACAAUUUUUGUGACUGCUGAACAUGAAGCAACAAGUGGGAUUAUUGGAGUCAAUCGAAAGGGCCAGGUUCUAUCUGUAUGUGUGGAUGAUAAUAAUAUAAUUCCUUAUAUAAUGACGACGCUUAAUAAUCCAGACCUAGCUGUGAGAAUUGCUACAAGAUGCAAUUUGCCAGGAGCCGAAGAAUUAUAUGUUAAAAAGUUUAUGGAUCUAUAUCAAGCCGGACAGUAUAAUGAAGCAGCUAAAGUUGCUGCAAACGGACCGAGGGGCGUUCUUCGUACACAACAAACCAUUGAGCGAUUCAAAUCAGUCCCUGUACAGCCUGGCACGCUAUCGCCUAUCUUACAAUAUUUCGGUAUCAUUUUGGAAAAAGGAGAGCUCAAUAAAUAUGAAUCGCUUGAACUUGCAAGACCUGUCUUAGCACAAGGACGCAAACAAUUACUUGAAAAGUGGUUAAAAGAAGAUAAGUUAGAAUGUAGUGAGGAACUCGGUGACAUUGUUCGCCAACAUGAUCUUACGUUAGCAUUAUCAGUAUAUCUUCGUGCCAAUGUCCCAAAUAAGGUCAUUGCGUGUUUUGCCGAGACUGGUCAAUAUUCCAAGAUUGUCCUUUACGCGAAAAAGGUCGGAUUUCAACCAGAUUAUCCUGCUCUUCUGCAAAAAAUUAUGCGACUUGAUCCUGAUAAAGGUGGAGAAUUCGCUGCUAUGUUGGCUACUGAUGAGAGUGGGCCUUUAAUCGAUAUUGAACGAAUCGUUGAUGUUUUUAUGUCACAAAAUUUGAUUCAACAAGCGACAUCGUUUUUAUUGGAUGCUCUAAAAGACAACAAGCCAGAACAAGCACAUUUACAAACUCGAUUACUUGAAAUGAAUCUUAUGCAUGCCCCACAAGUUGCAGACGCAAUUCUUGGAAAUGAAAUGUUUAGUUAUUAUGAUAAACCUUCUAUUGCCUCACUUUGUGAAAGAGCUGGGCUACUACAAAGAGCGUUAGAACAUUACACUGAUAUCAACGAUAUUAAACGAGUUAUCGUUCAUACCCCAUCAUUAAAUACUGAUUUUGUCACCAAUUAUUUUGGUAAUUUGUCUGUCGACCAAUCGUUAGAGGUUUUGAACGAAAUGCUUAAAGUAAACAUCAGACAGAACUUGCAAAUAGUUGUGCAAAUUGCCACCAAAUAUUCAGAGCAAUUGCAACCUUUGAAUUUGAUUCAAUUGUUUGAGUCAUUUAAGACAUAUGAAGGUCUUUAUUAUUAUCUUGGCUCAAUUGUCAACCUUAGUACGGACCCUGAUGUGCAUUUUAAAUAUAUUCAGGCCGCUGUAAAAACUGGUCAAAUUAAAGAAGUAGAAAGAAUAUGUCGAGAGAGCCAGUAUUAUGAUCCAGAAAAAGUGAAAAACUUCCUCAAGGCAUCUAAGCUCGCAGAUCAACUUCCCUUGAUAAUUGUGUGUGAUCGAUUUGAUUUUGUUCAUGAUUUAGUUCUAUACUUGUACCAGCAGAACAUGACAAAGUAUAUAGAAGUCUACGUUCAGAAAGUUAAUUCUGCCCGCACUCCUGCAGUAGUGGGUGGCCUUCUUGAUGUUGACUGUGAUGAAAUAGUUAUCAAAAAUCUUUUAUCGUCUGUUACUGGCCAUGUACCCGUUGAUCAACUUGUUCAGGAGGUAGAAAAACGCAAUCGUCUUAAGCUGCUUCUGCCCUGGUUAGAACAGCGUGUUAAUGAAGGUUCUCAAGAUUCAGCUGUUUUUAAUGCUUUAGCCAAGAUAUAUAUUGAUAGCAAUAAUAAUCCUGAAGCUUUUCUCCGAGAAAACACGCUUUACGAUUCCUUAGCAAUUGGUAAAUACUGUGAAAAGCGUGAUCCAUAUCUUGCCUUUAUCGCCUAUCAACGUGGACAAUGUGAUUAUGAGCUUGUCAAAGUUACAAAUGAAAACUCCAUGUUUAAACAUCAAGCUCGUUAUUUGAUAAAACGUCGUGAUCUAACGCUUUGGGAACACGUGCUGGAUCAAAAUAAUAUGUACCGUAGAUCUCUUAUUGAUCAGAUCAAUGCUGUGGCUCUCCCAGAGUCUAUUGAUCCAGAAGAUGUUUCUGUUACUGUUAAAGCAUUUAUGGCUGCUGAUUUACCAAUCGAAUUAAUAGAGUUAUUAGAAAAGCUUAUUUUGGACAAUACGGCCUUCAGUGAUAAUCGAACUCUUCAAAAUCUUUUAAUUCUCACGGCUAUUAAAGCUGAUAAAUCCAAAGUGAUGGAUUUUAUAAAUAAACUCAAUAAUUUUGAUGCUCCAGAUGUUGCUGAUAUUGCUGUUAAAAAUGGACUUUAUGAAGAAGCUUUUACAAUAUAUAAAAAAUAUGGUGAAAAUACUAGCGCCACUAAUGUGCUGAUAGAACAUAUUGGUAGCAUCGACCGGGCAUCUGAAUUUGCAGAAAAUUGUAAUAAUCCAGAAGUUUGGAGCCGUUUGGCUAAAGCACAAAUUGAAGGUCUAAGAAUUAAAGAUUCAAUUGAAUCAUAUAUUCGUGCCGAUGAUCCAAGUAACUUUAAUGAGGUUAUAGAUAUUUCUUCACGCGCUGGUAAACAUGAAGAACUUGUUAAAUAUUUGCAAAUGUGUCGUAAGAAGCUUCGUGAACCCGUUGUUGAUAGUGAGCUGUUGUUCGCAUAUGCAAAAACUGAAAGAUUCGCCGAUCUUGAAGAUUUCCUUAAUUCGCCCAAUGUAGCGCAAAUACAAGUAGUUGGAGAUCGAUGUUAUGAUGAUGGCUUGUAUGCAGCAGCUAGAAUAUUGUUCCAAAGUAUUUCAAAUUGGGCUCGGUUAGCCUCCACACUUGUGCAUUUGGGAGAAUACCAGGCUGCUGUUGACGGUGCACGUAAGGCCAGCAGUACAAAGGUUUGGAAAGAUGUUCAUGAUGCUUGUGUACAACAUAAAGAAUUUCGUCUUGCACAUAUAUGCGGUCUUAGUUUAAUUGUUCAUGCUGAAGAAUUACAAGAUAUAAUUCGCCGAUAUGAAUAUAAUGGUUACAUAGAUGAAAUUUUAUCUUUGCUUGAAGCGGGUCUUGGAUUGGAGAGAGCUCAUAUGGGAAUGUUUACUGAAUUGGCGAUCUUAUAUACUAAAUAUCGUCCGGAAAAAACAGAUGAGCACCUUCGUCUAUUUUGGUCUCGCCUUAACAUUUCAAAAGUUAUUCGAGCUUGCGAUGAAGCUCAUUUGUGGAAGGAAAUGGUUUUUUUAUAUGAAAAUUAUGACGAAUUUGAUAACGCAGCUCUUGCAAUGAUGAAUCACGCAUCAGAUGCUUGGGAUCAUUCUCGUUUUAAGGACAUUAUUGUUAAAGUCAGCAAUGUUGAAAUUUAUUAUAAGGCUUUAAAAUUCUAUAUGGAUGAACAUCCCCUCCUCCUUAAUGACUUGUUGGUUUCUCUCACUCCGCGAGUUGAUCACACUAGGGUUGUUCAAAUGUUCCAUAAAGCUGAUAACUUACCAUUAAUCAAAUCAUAUUUGAUAUCUGUUCAAGGAAUAAAUAAUGAAGCCGUGAACGAGGCUUAUAAUGAUAUAUUAAUUGAAGAAGAAGAUUAUAAAUCUUUACGUGAUUCCAUUGAUAGCUUUGAUAAAUUUGACAACAUUGGUCUUGCCAAAAGACUCGAAAAACAUGAGCUUCUUGAAUUUCGGCGCAUUGCAGCUCAUCUAUAUAAAAAGAACAAGCGCUGGGAGCAGUCUAUUUCUUUAUCUAAAGAGGACCGCCUUUUCAAAGAUGCCAUUGAAACGGCUAGUGAAUCUCGAUCGACAGAAAUUGUUGAAGAACUUUUGGAAUAUUUUGUGCAGAUUGGUAAUAAAGAAUGUUUUACAGCAUGUCUUUAUACAUGUUAUGACCUUGCCCGUCCUGAUGUAGUCUUGGAAUUGGCUUGGAAGCACGGUCUUUCUGACUUUGCUAUGCCAUAUUUAAUUCAAGUUAUGCGUGAAUUCUCUACUAAGGUGGAUAUGUUAGAGAAGGCUAAUUCUGAAAGGACAAAACGAGAACAGGAACGCGAGCAGAGUGAAAGUG